AUGGGAGCUCAACCAAGAUAUCCAUACCCAAAAACUGUUUGGUCACCACCAGGAGGUUAUUGGUGUGUUAAACCAUUUAAUUAUAAUAAGAAUGCUAAAGUUGCUUUAAUUGGUAUUGCAGCAACAUUAUCAAUUGCAUUUUUAAUCGACAUGAAUGUCGAAAGAAGACCAUUACCACCACACCCAUGUGCAUCAGCUGUACCAAUGCAAUAUUUAAAUAAACACAGAGACGAAGAUGAUCCAUACUUUGAAACCAAAAGAAAUAACAGACAUUAA